CACCUCCUACUGUCCAUCUUAUUAUCGUCCUCGCCUCUAUUGAUGGCAAAGGCGUUCUCCAUGUUGGUGGGAGCAGCCACCGAAUGCGGCCCCUUCAACAUCUCUUGGACAGGCGGACAAAGUCCCUUUCAGAUUGCUAUUUUCACCGUGAGUUCGUCCCCUGUUUUCCACAAUGUAUCAUCCUCGGCAUAUCAAGGAUCUUAUACCAUUCCUCAACUCCCUCUGCCACAAGGGCUCCAAUUUGUGGUCAUAUUGUCCGAUGCAACUGGGUUCGCAACUGGGGGUACAACUUACCUGAUAACGGUGGGGGAACCCACCAGCAGUUCCAGCUGCAACACUACUUUGCCAUCCCUGAGUUACUACUUCAGUGAUGUUGGGUUUCCUCUCCAGCAAUGCGGACCCUUUGAAUUCAGCGGAUACCAGGGAGCGAUACUGCCUGUUACUUUUGUGGGGAUCGUUCCCGGGGGGCAGUCCUUUCUCAUUCAGUCUGGCGUGACAACGACGAGCUACACUUGGACGGCAGAUGUACAAGCCGGGACAUCGAUUAUGUUUUCGAUGUGGGAUGCUAAUGGCAACUCAGGUGGUUGUUCUGUUCUUCAAUCAGUGGGGCCCUCGAACGAUGCUUCUUGCCUAAGCAGUCAAACUGGCUCUAUCACUUCAGCAAAAAACAUUCCCGUUUCUACUAUCGCUGGAAUAGCAGUCGGUGUAUUUACACUUGCCGCGCUGGUGAGCUUCGGCCUGCGUGUUAUUCAAAGGAGGCGCAGGAAUGCUUCCGUGUACUCCUCUUCUAUGCCACCUCAUCCCCCUCCUUUACACUCGGCCGACCUUGUCGGCCUAGAUAUACUUACGACUACGCACGUAUACUCCCGUACGUACCAAAGCGACCGUAUGUUGGUGUAUUAGAUACUCGUCUACAAGCCUACUCUACGUACUUGCCACCCUGUGGGCUCGUUACAUCAACCUCCCUCCUUUCAUGCAUGUUUUUCAUGUUAGCCGUACAGUACUUAAGAACCUGGCCUUCAUUGACACAGCUCAGUCUCUUUUUACCUCGAGACUGAGUUACUCGUUAGCUUACACCGUACGCAGUCCCUCGUGCCGCCAGGUCGGACUAUACCCA